AUGGCAACCAGCUGUCUGUCUGAAGAUCAGUUCCUGUGCUCCGUCUGUCUGGAGGUCUUCACUGAUCCGGUCACCAUCCCGUGUGGACACAACUUCUGCAAGAACUGCAUCACAGAAAACUGGAAUAUCAGUCUCUGCUGUCAGUGUCCACUGUGUGUUAAGGUUUUCCACAGCAGACCAGAGCUGUGCGUCAACACCUGCUUAUCUGAGAUGGUGGAUAUGUUCAAACAGUCCACCGUAAAGAAGAACGGCAGCGCAGAGGAACAGCAAGCCGAAUCAGGAGACGUUUCAUGUGAGGUGUGCAGUGAAACCAAGAUGAAGGCUGUGAAGUCCUGCCUGCAGUGUCUGACUUCCUACUGUAAGACUCACCUGGAGCCUCAUCACAGAGUAACAGGCCUGAAAAGGCAUCAGCUGAUUGAUCCUGUAAAGAACCUUGAAGACAGGAUGUGUAAGGAGCAUAACAGACCUUUAGAGCUCUUCUGCAAGACUGACCGGAUGCCAGUGUGUGAAUUUUGCAAGCAGUGCAAUCACAAGGGGCAUCUCAUCAUUUCUCUGAAAACAGAAUAUGAGCAAAAGAAGGCCGAAGUGGAAGCAAGAGAGGGUAAAAUCCAUCAGAUGAUCAGAGAAAGACAAAAGAAAAUAAGCAACUUCAGAGAAGUGUUAACGUGCAGCAAGGAAGCUGCAGAGAGAGAGAAAACAGCAAGUGAGCAAAUAUUUGACAGUCUGAUCAAGUGUGUAGAAGAAAGUCGGAAUCAGCUCGAUGGUGUGAUCGAAGGGAUGCAGAAAACAACAGAGAGCCAGGCUCGAGGCUUCAUCAAAGAGCUGGAG